AUUGGGCGUCGAGGCGAUGUUAGGUUGACGAAUAGAAACCAACAGAGGACUACGAGUUAAAUAUUGGAUUAUUUGAUCAUCUGACUGGCUUUAACGUUACAUGAACUGACUCGGAGCACGUUAAGGGGAACCCGCGGAUGAUACUGUUGAUUUUGGAAGCCGCCGUUCCGUUUGGAUGUGUUUCGGGAAGACCCCCGCGUAACGCGCAUAGGUGGCGCGACAGAUUAGCUGCGGCGUGCUGAGACCGAGUUCAAGAAAUCACAAGUUGCACGCGCAAGAGGAAGACCCUUCCUCGCGAUUCUUACUGCUGGCCGCCGAGAAAUUCGGAUGCUCGCAUCUCCUAUUAUGACGUUGUUGACUCAAGUGCAGUUACAUCUGAUGAAAGAGGCCCUAAAGUACCUGGCGAAAUAAUAAUUUCAUAUUAAUUGAUGGCAGCCACUGCAUGUUUGACAGAGUGAGAGGAUUCAAGACAUUUGUCACUCGAUCGAUUUCUGUGUGAUUGUGUGUAGUUCAGUUUCCCAGGACAACCAGGCUAUUGAAAAACUUACCGUCUAUGCUUCGGUUUUUAUUUUUAUUUAGUUUCUUGGUCAUAAUUUUAAUUAUUAACAGUGGUCGGGAUUGAUUUAUGGCUUUUGAUGGUGGAAGUUGCACCUCUGUCUUGAAUUCAGUAUCUUAUGGAGUUGCUGUCUUUCACGUUUGAUAGGAUGUGAUGAAAAUAUCCGGCACAUCUUGAGCACCAAAGAUGAUGGACUUUAUUGUAUACUUAAUACUUAAGCUAGUAGUCGAGAUCAUCUUCAAAACAGCAACCUGGAUGUUUGAGACCUGUUAAAUAAGUCUUAUUUAUUCAUAAUAUUAUUAAUUACGCUUACUACUUAAAUAACAAUUUUGAGGGUUUGCUGUGCAUGUCCUUUGAAUGUUCAGCCGAUGCUAAAACUUCUCUGAGCAUCUCUGAUUUCAGAAACGUCUCAAUGUCGGUGGAUGAAGCCAAGUUAAAAAGUUCUGCUUUUUACACAUAGGAGGAACGAUUAUAAGCAAACGGCACUGAAAGUAGAAGUGUCUUGAAAAAUAAAUCUGUUAAAAAAAUGGCAAGUGAAUGCACCUACAGUGCUCAGUAUGACACUGAUGCCACCUUUCGCACUUCUAAACUCUCUGCGGACGAGCAGCGUGAACGCGAGGGGUACGUGAACGGCGGCUGCGCGUCCGUCGCGUCUUCUACCUUCUUCGAGGUCAUCGGCGGCUCUCUUUACUGCAGAAAGUUGGAGAAGGGUUUCGUCCAGUACCGGGAGGUGCUGGCUGAAGAUAAGCGACUCCAGUCCGUAGCCACCUUCCACGAGAAAGGACCCGGCAAGUCGCACCACACCCUGGACGACACAUACAAACUGGUGGCCGAGCACUAUUGGUGGGAAGGAAUGUAUUUUCAGAUCAGAGACUAUGUAUUUGGCUGUGAGGAAUGUCAACGGAGUCAGUCUGAGAGAUCAGUGUGUUCUGAUGUCGGACUUAUCUCCAGGAUUGUGCAAUCACAUAGUCAUCAAGUCUUAAGUAAGCUCAAUAGCCAACGGGAAGCAGGGCUCUUCUGUGAUAUCACACUGAAAACUGGUGGUGGCCAGUCUUUCGUCGCCCACAAAGCAGUCCUUGCAGCGGUGAGCGAGUACUUCCAGGAGUUAUUUAUUGAAAUGGACUCAGCCACUGAUCCCCAGUCACAUGUUGACCUCACAGGUUUCAGUGAGCAGAGCUUGCUUGCUUUACUAGAGUUCUCUUACACUUCUACCCUCAAUCUGAAUUUGGACAUCUUGACAGAGGUUUGUGCCAUGGCUCGCCAUCUACGCAUGUGGCCUGCCCUUGAGGCUUGCUCUGCUAUCAAAAGGGAGCGAGAGACUUGUCAGUUACGUUCCAGAAUGCACAGUUCUCUUGGAGAACCAAAUAAUUCAAUGCCUGGACCUUUCAGGAAAGACCACUCCUCAACUUCAGGAGGGAAAGUGGGACUCAGGAGGAGGAGAGAGGAUGAGGAAGGAGAAGGCUCUGGGUCUUCCUGGAACAUUCAAGCACAGCACAGAGAGCACAUUGUUGAUAAAGUCACAGAGGAAUCUGAAACAGAAACCUCAAAUCCUCAUUUGCAAUGCCAAGUCCCGUCCAGUUAUCAGGUGGAGGAAAAUGGCUUUCCAUGCAGCCCAAAUCGCAGAAUGAAGCUCAUGGACUUCAAAUCUCCAUCCUGCAAGAAAAAAUCAUCCUCCUGCCCCACAUCUUCAAUCAUCUCAACAUCUCCUUGCACCUCUACUCGUUAUUCCUCUCCAUCACGCCGUUUGCUUCGUUCCUCACCUGGCGCUGCACUUGCUUUGCGCAGACUCCUGCCCAAAAUCGACCUUUCUUCCAAGAGAAAGAGGAAGUCCUCUUCCUACCGGUCAUACAAGCCCCAGUGUGAAUUCUCAGUGACUCCGUCCCAAUCUCAGGCAACUUCUUUGACCCAUGGUACCUCAGUAAAGGUAAAGAAGGAGGAUGUGGAGGAGGAGGUAUGUAACACAGUCCCUCAGGAUGAGGUGCACAGCCCUCGUGCUCAGGAGAAAUACCGUCUUCUUAGCUUCCUUGGUUUGCAGAGGAAAUCCCUUGUGCCCGGUCCAGAGGAACUGUCUGGCUGGGGGCAGAAAAAACGGCUUAGGAAGUUAAAAGUCAGCGAUUAUUCACUCACAGCACGACGUAAACCUCGUGCACAAGACGUCCCAUUGAGAUUCGGAACCAGUUUAGGAGUGCUUGCCGCCGUUAAUCCUACUCUAUCCCUCUGUGACAUGAGCAGAAUGGACUUGCUGAACAGACCAGUGAAAGUAGAACCUUGGAACCAAGAAAGGUCCAAAAGGAAAAGACAUGAUCCUGCAGGGCAAACUGUGCAGCCAAUUGCAAGAGCUACACGUAGCAGGUCAUUGCUGCAGACAGACUCCAGUGCAAACGAUCGACCUCUCAGACGCCACCACAGAAAUCAAGAUAAAGCACCUUCCCAACCUGCACGAAGAGGUAGAGUACCAGCACACAAUGCCUCUUCCCCUUCAAAAAGCACUAUGCUCAGGAUAAAGCAUGAAUCUUCGGACAGUGCCAUCCUGCAACCUAUUCACCGUCGCAAUACUGCCUACAACCCCCAGGGAACUUCUCCUAAAGCACCAAGACGUAGGGGUCGCCCACCAGCAGAUCGCACAGUUAGGGUAGCCACAACAAAGCUGCAGCACACAAAGCGGCACAAACCUGGGCGCCCCCCAUUAGACAAACGUAAGAGCUCAAAACAAAUAGAAAGCAAAACAAAAUGCAACCAUGCUACAGGAAUGCCACUGGCAAAUCACAGCAGAACUGAAAGAGGAACACAGGUGAAGGAGAACAGAAAGAUUAAGGAACGCGGGAACAGAAAAGACAGUCCUGAAGUUCAGUAUGCCAUCGUGAACUGGGAUACUUCCAACCAUCAGCAGCUUCACAGCCAUCCCCUUUACAAAACGAUAAAGGAAGAACCAGCUGAGCCCUUGCCCCUAACCCAGCCAUUCCCACCCAGUGACUCCUUGGAUCUGGGCAAGCGUCAGAGCAAACCACCCGUCAAACUGUUGGAUCAAGGCUUCCUUUUCGGCUUCUGUCGACCACCAAGUGGCAUUAAACGGGAGGAGGAGAGUGUGGACAUCUACCUGACUCGGUCGGUCUCUCAUGGAAGUAGUUCCAAUUGCGAUUCAUCACCUGGCAUGAUGAGAAGAGAUCGGGUUAGGGCCAGGAUUCUGCCAGACCGAACCGGUCUAAAUGGGCCUCACUGGGCUGGACUUGGCAACAGGCACUCACCCUUUUCCCAAAGGACUGCUAUUCGAGUAAAGACUGAGAGGGAUGAAACGGGAGUGUCCCAAGUGUCAAAGGUUAGCAGAGUCUCUAGACACCCCCAGGUCAGCAAGAGGAGCUGUAAAAUCAAGAAGGAACCUACAAAGACAACGAAUGUAAAUAAACUGCUUCCUCUGAGCAGUCGCCAUUCCAUCCUACUGGAAACCAUCCGACGGACACGUCUGAAACAGCAGAAGGGUCCUCGCGGUCAGGCCUCCAGUGGAGCACAUGCUUGCCUGCAGUGCAGAGGCUCCUACAGGGACUGUGAUGCCCUUAUUAUGCACCGGAUCAGGCACAUUGAAGGCAAACACUGGCCCUGCCCGUUGUGCAGCAAAACUUUCUUCAGACAGAGAAAUGUGAGGAAUCACAUAAGAACACAUAAUCCCAAGAUCUACAAAUGCCGCCAGUGCAUUGCUGCUCAGUGAGGUAAAAAGCCACAAGCUUAAAUGAAGAGGAGCAAAGCUUUGUUUCUUUAAAUAUUAACGCUGUAAAUACCAAGGAUCUGUGAUGUAUGACAAUGAGGUUCAAUUUAUGUAAAUAAUGUUAUGAUGGUUUAAAUGGUCUUUUUCCUCACAAUAAUUGUUGUUGUUAUUUAAGUAACUAAGCUAUUAAGAAGUUGCUUUGCAAUUGAUACAGAUGUGUUGAACCAGAACUUGAACCCAUGGUGUAUUUCUCAGGGGGGCGGAGCCUGAUGGUCAAGGUGAUAUAUGUAUAAUGAGAAUUGUGUAGAAUGCUUUAAAUUUGUUACUACUAAUGUAAUUACUACAGUUGUUAUUACUAUUGUUAUUAUUUUUUAUAAAUGGCAUAGUCUUGAGUGCACUUAAUGUUCGCUUUGUUUUGAAACCUAAGAAAGAUGCGAUGGACUGGGAUGUACUUGAAUGAUUGUUGGAGUGGAGCUAGUGGACUGCCCUAAAUGUGUGGUUGUCUGGCAGUGUUGUAGAAAACCAUUACAGAAAUUAGUCAGGAAUUUUAAAAUGAAGGUUCGUUAAUGGGGUUAGUUAU